AUGAACGAAAAAGUUUACAUCGUGGCCGCUUCUAGAACGCCUAUUGGCUGCUUUCAGGGAAGUUUGGCCUCUAAAACCUAUGUGGAACUAGGGUCAACCGCUGUGGCUGGAGCCUUAGCUCAGGUUCCCAAUUUGAAGGCAUCGGACGUUGACGAAAUAUUUUUCGGCAACGUCUUGAGUGGUAACGUUGGACAAGCCCCUGCCAGACAGGUUGCUCUUGCGGCCGGUUUGAGCAAAAGCAUUGUGGCCACCACAGUUAACAAAGUGUGCGCGUCGGGUAUGAAAGCUAUCAUCUGUGGCGCUCAAACCAUCAUGUGUGGUAAUGCCGAUGUGGUUGUUGCAGGUGGUGCGGAAUCCAUGACCAACACUCCAUACUACAUGCCAGCAGCCCGUGCUGGGGCCAAAUUCGGCGGCACCACUUUGGUGGACGGUAUUCAAAGAGAUGGUCUCAACGAUGCUUACGAAAACCAGGCAAUGGGUGUAUACGCCGAGAAGUGCGCCCGCGACCAUCAGUUUACUAGAGAACAGCAGGACGAUUACGCCAUUGCAUCUUAUCAAAAGGCUCAAAAAGCCCAAACCGAGGGAAAAUUCGACCGCGAGCUUGCGCCUGUCACAAUCAAGGGGUUCAGAGGUAAACCGGAUACUUUGGUGAAGCAGGAUGAAGAGCCUGCAAAAUUGAACGUUGAAAAAUUGAGAACCGCCAGAACCGUGUUCCAAAAGGACAACGGUACCGUAACCGCCCCAAAUUCCUCUCCCAUCAACGACGGUGGUGCUGCUGUCAUUUUGGUGUCGGAGUCAAAAUUGAAGGAAUUGGGGCUCAAGCCUCUGGCCGCGAUCAAGGGUUGGGGUGAAGCUGCUCAGGAGCCUGCAGACUUCACAUGGUCCCCCAGUUUGGCCAUGCCUAAGGCCCUCAAACAUGCUAACGUCGAGCUUGGCGAUGUUGAUUUCUUUGAAUUCAACGAAGCUUUUUCCGUGGUUGGCUUGGCUAACCCUAAGCUUCUUGGUAUCCCAUUGGAGAAGGUAAAUGUUUACGGUGGCGCCGUCGCUAUUGGUCAUCCUUUGGGCUGCUCAGGUGCGCGGAUAGUUGUUACUUUGAUCUCUGUCUUGGCUCAAGAACACGGUAAGAUCGGUGCCGCUGGUAUCUGCAACGGUGGUGGGGGUGCAUCCGCUGUCGUUAUCGAAGCCGUUUGA